UGAAGACAACAACACCAGUGUGACUGUGGCCAGCAAUGGCAGCUCCUCCUGGACACCGACAGACCACCGUUGGGGCCAGACAGACCACUGGUACCGCUGGCAGCGCUGUGUCCAUGGAGGUCGAUCCAGACGUCCGGGAGCUGCGGAGGAAGCAGACGGAGAUGGUUCAAGCGAUGCAGAGCAAAAAAAAAGGCUUCAAACUGGAUGACGUGGCCAAUCUGGUCCUUUCCAUGCAUUCAGAUUUGAACGCCACGCGUGAUGAGUUGCAGCGCUACAUCUCCAUGUCUGACAAGCAACUGUCAGAACGCUUACAAGAUGGCGUGACGAAGCUAUCGGUGUUUCAACAGAACCUGGAGGCAACUGCAUUUGACCUGGCAGCCAGGUUCAAAAUCAGGUUGAACAAUCGAAUGCAGGCCUUGCAGGACAAGAUGGAUCAAGAGAUGCAGCACAAGGCCAAUCAGUUGCAGGAGCUCUUCGAGACCAUGGACCUCACGCGUCGUCAGCUCAUCGCCAAGGAAGCCUUGCUGCGCAACGAGUCACGCGUCUUGUGGGGUGUCUCAGAUGUCUCAGGUUAUGGCCACGGCUGUGGCCAGAUGCGCAAGAACAAUGAACUCAUCACGGGGUCCCUGAAAGCUUCAGAGAAGGAGAUGCAGCGAUGUCAGUGGCUGGUUUUGUUCCUUGUCCAAGCGGAAAAGGUGGCAGAAUCCAAGAGCUUCAAGAGCGGAAUGCUCCCAGCUAUUCAGCUAUUCUAUGUUUCAUAG